GGGAUACCUCUUGACUGGGCGGAGCUUCACUAUUGAACUUGUAACUCUUACUUGCGAUGAUAUCACAACACUGCAAUAUAAGAAAAUAUGCGCUCAUAUGACCGCGGCCCGUCUCCAUCCCUGGGCAAGGCACAGGUGAAACUGGGGCAACUGGUAGGCAUGGGGAAUAAAAGGAGGCGGAAGGAUGCAUGCUGAGCCCCUCAUCCAUCUGCAACCACCGCAAGCCUCUGACUAAAGCAAAACAGAAAAUGGCUCAGUCCGUGAGGAGGCAGGAAACCCCAGGAGCCAUGGACCACGAGCCCCAGAGGGAUAAGACCAGGACCGGCUACUUUGGCAACGUCAAGACCAGGCUGGGAUCCAAGCUUCCUCCGGGUGUCUCUCAGCCUCCACAGUUUGCCAAGCGGCCCUGGGAGACUCCACCCGGCGUCCAGCGUCCGCAGAGCCGGCCCCUCGACCACACCCCACACAUCCGAAACCCUAAACUACGGCAGUACUACCUGGCAGGGACUUCGUGGGACCUGAACAAUACUGCAGUGAAGCAAGAGCAUUUGAGUGGACCAUUAGAUGACCGCACAAGCAGCACCGGUCUCAGUGGGGACACGGUAUUCAGCGUCUCAUCUCACUUCAACAGUCAUGGUCCUUCUUCGGCGGAAGACGGGGAUAUUGGUCACCGUCCCUCCUCUUCUGCUACCCGCGUUCCUAGAGAGCAGCUGGUCGUCCUGAAGGGAAAAAACCCUUCCGCUGGUCCAGUAUCGUCUCAACAAGAACUGGACUCCAAACCUAAACCGAAGCGAGAGGCGGAUCCGGAGUCUUUGGAAACCCUUGUUGCUCAAACUCAGCCUCCCUCACCAGAAGCAGAAUAUGACAAACUACUGGAUGUGGAGGCGGUCCCGAUGCCCGAUGGACAGCUCUGCCUAUUGGCUCUGCCCCCAGAGUGCUGCCAGGGGGAGGGACCAGGGGCCAUUCGGUACCUCAAACUGUUCUGCCGCUACAUCACCGACAGGAAGGGGGUGGUUUCAGGUAUCUUAUUGGUGACGUCCAACAAGAUCUUUUUCGACCCGUGUAAGACACACGCCCUGGUGAAGGAACACGGAUGUGAGGAGUACCUCCUCUCCUGCUCCGUUGACAAUCUGGCGUCCGUCGCCUUCUUCUCUGACAUCUCACAUGUGCGAUUCAACACGUCCCAGCAGAGGAGAAAAGCCAAGAAAAAUGUCCAGAAUUUGAACACCGCCCAAAGACAAGCAGGCGGCUUCCCGACCCCGAAGGGGGAGUCGCUCCCGGCCUGGGUGUCCGUGGCCACAUCAGAUCUGUCCCAUCUGGCCCUCCAGACCAAACAGGUCUGUGGGGACGAGCAGGAGGCCGAGAGCAGAGGCGCGUCGGAGGCUGAGGCGGAGCUCGAUAGCAGCCCUCUGGAGGUGCUGCCAGAGGCGUCCGCCGCGGGCGACUUGGGGGUGUCUGGGGCCGCAAGCCUUCCUUUUGGCGGUCAAGAGGCGGAGACGCCCCGCACUGAUGAAGCGGGGUCUGGGAAGAGUUGGACCGCAGUGCCUUGGAGUUCGUCGGAUGGAAACCCCGGGGGUCUGAGGUUUUUGCGGCUGCGGGUUCAGCCGUCUGCAGGAAAGAAAAAGGGGGCUGGGGGCCUUCGGCUGGGGUCGUCGAAACCUUUACAUAGAAAAGAUGCCUGGCUCGCUCUUUCAGAAGAGAGCUCCAAUGAGCUGCGCGCCUACCUCACCCACUGUCGACCAGACCUGUGUAUACUCGAGGGAGAGGAGGAUGAGAGGGAGGCGGACCGGGAUGAAGAGGAGUUUGUAGUCAUUGAGGACGAAGAGGAGGAGGAAGAAGAGGAGGCGGACGUGUUCCAGAGGCACCGCGGCUCAGGGGACGACUGGGAGAUGGUGUUAAUGGAGGAUAGUGGGGACAAACCAGGCCUGGUCAUCGACAGGGAACCGGAUGGACUCAAUGACAUCGUACAGAGCAGCCAUAUUUUAGAGGCCUCACAUGUCAGAGAGCUGUGUAAGGAGCUUCCACCGAGGACAGUCGGCUACAGCUGGCAGCUGACCUACAGUACGUUCCGGCACGGCGCCAGCCUCAAGUCCCUCUACAGGAAACUCCGCGCCACAGACUCCCCUGUGGUUGUUGUUAUCAAGGACGCUCUAGACGAGAUAUUCGGGGCCUUCCUCUCUCACCCCCUGAGGCCCAGUGAGACGUUCUACGGCACAGGAGAAACUUUCCUCUUCAUGUUGCAUCCUCGCUUCAAGUGCUUCAAAUGGACCGGAGACAACUCCUUUUUCAUCAAAGGAGACUUGGACUCCUUCGCUAUUGGCGGAGGCAGCGGUCACUUUGGUCUUUGGGUGGAUGAGAAUCUGUACCUGGGGCGCAGCAACCCCUGUUACACUUUCAACAACUGCUGCCUCUCGGAAACAAACGACUUCCGAGUCAUGGAGCUGGAGGUGUGGACGUUCACCUGAAAGAGGUCGCCGGGUUUCCCCUCUUGACUCUCAUCGCUGCCAGAGAGACGGCGUCUGCUGCACCACAGAGCAAACACACACACACACACACACACACACACACACACACACACACACACACACACACACACACACAGCCGCCAACAUGAACUCUUACAAACUGCUGGAUUCAUCCAUGUGAUUUAGUCCUGAGGAGGAACUGAACUUUACAAGGCACUGCGAUGACCCAGGGUACGGGGUUUAAUGUUGGAUGGUUUCAUGGUCGUCUCGUUCCCGUUGGUUUGGCAGGAGAAAUGUCAAUGUGUACUGAAUUGGAUUCUUUUGAGUCCGGGAAUUAAGUCUCACAAAAUGCACUUUGUUCUUUAUGUGAAUCAGUAACUUAAUGAUAUUAACAUUUGUCAUGUGAAUAUGACGGUGAGCCUAAAGCUUUCAUAUAACUGUGCUUGGUUAAAGGUGGAAGUUCACAACACAUAUUUGUCUUCUCGUGAAUAGAUUUGUCCAGUGCAAACAAAACUACACACACAAAGCCCUGAUUCCCACAAGCACCUGUCACUGAACACUGAUCAAUUUGAUGGGUUUUCAUCAAUUACUGCCAUAGACGGCAGAAAUGAAUACUGGAGAUAAUGAUGUGCAAACACUCGGAAGUCAAGCUUUUCAAUUGAAAAACAGCUGCACUUACAAUGGAUAAUGAACUCUUUUCAGUUGAAGUGCUGAUUCAACUGUAUCCAUUCCAUGCCAGAACAAAACCGAUCUUACAUUGUACAGCAUUGUGUUAUAGUUGGUAAAAGCUGCAAAGUGACCAUAUAAACAGUCUAAUUGUGUAGCACAUGUUGCCAAAAAGAGACACGAGUCAUUUUGUACAAAGACAAAACAUUUUAAUUAUUUCCCCCUUGUGGAAGAAAAUGGCACUGGUAGUUUACAGAAUAACCGAUUCCUCCCUAAAGGCUUAUCAAUGAGUAAGAGGAGGAUCUUCUUUGACCUUUCACACAUGUCUA